CAGAAAAAACAGAAAACGACACGCACACAAAUCUAGGAAAAACACAACACUCACACGACAGUCGAUCUCUAGUCUUUCUAACUUCCACUCUCCUCCAUUUCUUUCCUCCCUCUUUAUCUCUUCCUCCAUUAAAAUCCACCUUCAAAACAUUAUCUAUACAAUAAAAAACCCGCUUUUAAAAACCCAUUUCACAAAGAUCCAUUUUUGCAAUAUCCACUUCAAAAAACCCAUAUUUUUUUGGAGAAAUCCGCUUCAAAAAUCUUCUUCAAAUCAAUGAUUUACCGCCGAAAAGUGUAUCCCACGUGUAAAUUUGUCCACGCGCCGCCAUCACCAGCAGUCCACUGCAAUUUAAAAACCACAACAUGAUUACGAUAUCCAAUCCAUGGCGUUAGCAACUUCAAAAAAACCCAUUUUAGAAAUACCCACUUGGAAAAGAUCCGUUUUCGAAAAACCCGGUCCAAAAAAUCCUGAAGAUAAUGAAUCGCCGGCAAAGAGAGUAUCCCACGCGCGAUUAUGAACACGCGCCGCCACCACCACCAUCGUGGACAGAAGUUAAACACUUUAACAUAAUUCCAAUCCAUGACCUUUUAAUAGACCACCCAUCAAAAGGUUACCCAGAAGUACGCGCCGCCACGGCAGCCUUACGCCACGUAGAAGACCUCCGGAAACCACCUUUUCACACGUGGCGCGACAACCUAGAUCUUCUCGACUGGUUAGGUCUCUUCUUUGGUUUCCAACAAGAUAAUGUUCGUAACCAACGUGAACAUCUUGUACUUCACUUAUCCAAUUCUCAAAUGAGGCUAAACCCUCCUCCUCAAAACGCUGCCGUUUUGGACUUUGAUCUUGUUCGAAAGUUCCGGAAGAAAUUGUUGAAGAAUUACACUUCUUGGUGCUCUUAUGUGUGUAAGAGAACCCGGGUCAAAACCCACCUGUUUAGGAAGAAUACGGAUGAGUUUCGGAGGGAGUUAUUGUAUGUAUCUCUUUACUUACUUAUUUGGGGUGAAUGUGCUAAUUUAAGGUUUAUGCCUGAAUGUUUAUGUUAUAUUUUUCAUCAUAUGGCUCAUGAAAUGAACUUGAUACUUGAUGAUUGGUUAGACCCGGAAACGGGUCGGCCUUAUUUGCCUGUUUAUAGUGGUGUAAAUGCUUUUCUAGAUAAUGUUGUUAAGCCCAUUUAUGAUACUAUUAGAGAAGAGGUAGGGUUUAGUAAUGGUGGGAAUAAGCCACAUUCGGCUUGGCGGAAUUAUGAUGAUUUGAAUGAGUUUUUUUGGAGUAGGAAGUGUUUUAGGUCUUUGAAAUGGCCUUUGGAUUUGAGUAGUCCGUAUUUUGCGUACGCGAGUAAAGGGAAGAGGGUUGGGAAGACGGGUUUUGUUGAGCAACGAUCGUUUUGGAAUGUGUUUAGGAGUUUUGAUAAGUUGUGGGUUAUGUUGGUGUUAAUGUUGCAAGUAAUGGUUAUUGUUGGGUUGCAAGGGACGGAUUGGCCGUGGGAAGCGUUAGGGAGGACGGAUGUUCAGGUGAAGUUGCUUACGGUUUUUAUUACGUGGGGAGGGUUGAGGUUGGUUCAGUCGAUUCUUGAUGCGGGAAUGCAAUAUAGUCUUGUGACUCGUGCGACGUGGUUACUUGGUGUAAGGAUGGUUUUAAAGAGUUUGGUUGCUAUGGCAUGGAUUGUUGUCUUCUCGGUGUUUUACGCUAGGAUUUGGAGUCAAAAAGAUAGGGAUCGUGGAAGAUGGUCGUAUGAGGUUGAUCAGAGGAUAUUCACAUUUCUUAAGGUGGUGUUUGUAUUUAUUAUCCAGGAGUUGUUGGCAUUGGUGCUUUUUGUACUUCCUUGGGUUCGGAAUUGUUUAGAGAAAGUCAAUUUCCCUUUGUUUUACUUGGUGACUUGGUGGUUUCAUAGGCGAAUUUUUGUUGGUCGCGGUGUGAGGGAAGGACUGAUUAAUAACGUGAAGUACGCAUUGUUUUGGGUUAUGGUUUUGCUUUCGAAGUUUACUUUUAGCUACUUUCUUCAAAUUAGGCCUUUAAUAGCUCCGACCAAGGCGCUUUUGAGGUUGAGGAAUAUCGAUUACAACUGGCAUGAGUUUUUCGGUAACACAAACAGAAUCGCCAUUAUCUUGCUUUGGCUUCCCGUUAUUGUUGUAUAUUUUGUGGACUUGCAAAUAUGGUAUUCGGUUUACUCCUCGCUCGUUGGUGCCUAUGUUGGAUUGUUUUCUCAUUUGGGCGAGAUUCGGAAUGUGUGGCAGCUUAGGCUUAGAUUUCAGUUCUUUGCUAGCGCGAUGCAGUUCAAUCUCAUGCCGGAGGAACAACCGCCUACGAUUCCUGUGAUCAAUAUCGUGCACAGGCUUAGGGAUGCUGUACAAAGGCUGAAGCUGCGUUAUGGACUUGGGCGGCACAAGAAGAUAGAAUCUGACAACGUUGAGGCUACCCGUUUUUCCUUGUUGUGGAACGAGAUUAUGAAGAAUAUGAGGGAAGAAGAUCUUCUUAGUGACCGAGAAGUCGAACUUUUGGAGCUCUCACCCAACUGUUGGGAUAUAAAGGUUAUCCGAUGGCCAUGCGUACUGCUAUGCAAUGAGCUUCUUCUCUCGGUCAGCCACGCAGUAGAGAUGGCAAUUCAUCAUGACCGAUGGAUUUGGUAUAAGAUGUGCAAGAGUGAAUACAGACGGUGUGCGAUCAUAGAGGUCUACGACAGCGUCAAGUACUUGCUGCUUCAUAAGGUUAUUAAAUAUGGUACUGAAGAGCAUUUGAUCGUUACUCGAGUUUUCUUAGAGAUGGAACACUAUAUGAGGCUUGAAAAGUUUUCUGCAUUCUACAAGUUAACUUUGCUGUCGCAGAUCCACAAGAAAUUGGUAACUCUUGUAGAGCUCUUGUUAAACUACGAGAAGGAUACGAAUGGGAUAAUUAACGUCCUACAAGCUUUAUACGAACUUUGUGUUCGUGAAUUCCCAAAAAUUAAGAGGACUUUGGUGGAGCUGAGGGAGGAAGGUUUAGCACUUCAGAAUCCCGUGACAGACGAAGGAUUUCUUUUUGAGAAUUCUGUCGAUAUUCCCGACGAGGAUGAUGUGUUCUAUUACAGGCAGCUGCGUCGUCUGCAUACACUAAUGACUUCCAGAGAUUCUAUGCACAAUGUACCGGUAAAUCGGGAGGCUCGCAGACGUAUGGCUUUCUUCAGCAACUCUGUCUUCAUGAACAUGCCCCAUGCUCCUCAGGUCGAAAAGAUGAUGCCCUUCAGUGUGCUAACUCCUUACUAUGAUGAAGAUGUAAUAUAUGGGACGAGUAAACUCCAAAGCCCGAAUGAGGAUGGUAUCUCCAUCUUGUUCUAUCUACAGAAAAUCUAUGAGGAUGAAUGGCAUAACUUCAUGGAGAGAAUGAAGAGGGAAGGCUUGGGUGAUGAACGAGAAAUAUGGACGACAAAGGUCAGGGAUCUGCGACUCUGGGCAUCGUAUCGAGGCCAGACUCUCUCGCGGACUGUGAGGGGAAUGAUGUAUUAUUAUCAGGCGCUUAAGAUGCUUGCCUAUUUGGAUUCUGCAUCUGAAGUUGAUAUUAAGACUGGUAGUCAACAAAUCGCUUCGCUUGGUUCAACGACACUGAGAAACAGUUGGGAUGGUUUAGGGCCUACCCGAGUCCCAUCUGUACGUAGCUUGGGAAGAGCACCAAGUGGUGUUAGUAUUUUAUACAAAGGCCAUGAGUUUGGGACUGCAAUGAUGAAGUUUACUUAUGUGGUUACCUGUCAGGUUUACGGGAUCCACAAAAUGGCGGGGGAUUCUCGAGCUGAGGAAAUCUUGUAUUUGAUGAAAAAUAAUGAAGCUCUUCGAGUUGCUUAUGUUGAUGAAAAACACCAUGGGAGGGAUGAGGUGGAGUACUUUUCAGUUCUUGUCAAGUAUGAUCAGGUUCUGCAGAGAGAAGUAGAGAUAUAUAGGAUCAAGCUGCCUGGUCCUUUGAAGCUGGGGGAAGGAAAACCUGAGAAUCAGAAUCAUGCCAUUAUCUUUACUCGAGGUGAUGCGCUUCAGACAAUCGACAUGAAUCAAGACAAUUAUUUCGAGGAAGCUCUCAAGAUAAGGAACCUCUUGGAGGAAUUCAACAAAAAUUACGGGCUCAGAAAGCCCACCAUUCUCGGUGUUCGAGAAAACAUUUUCACGGGUUCUGUAUCCUCUCUUGCUUGGUUCAUGUCUGCUCAGGAGACGAGCUUUGUCACUCUUGGUCAACGUGUUCUCGCAAAUCCUCUCAAAGUCCGAAUGCACUAUGGCCAUCCAGAUGUAUUCGAUAGGUUUUGGUUUCUUACUCGGGGAGGAAUCAGCAAGGCUUCGAGAUUGAUCAACUUGAGUGAGGAUAUCUUUGCGGGUUUCAACUGCACGCUCCGACAAGGCAAUGUUACUCAUCAUGAAUACAUUCAGGUGGGUAAAGGAAGGGAUGUAGGGCUGAAUCAGAUUGCUAUGUUUGAAGCAAAAGUUGCUAGUGGGAACGGGGAACAAGUUCUCAGUAGAGAUAUAUAUCGAUUAGGCCAUCGGCUAGAUUUCUUUCGGAUGCUUUCAGUCUUCUAUACCACUGUCGGUUUUUAUUUUAAUACAAUGAUGGUGGUGCUUUCUGUCUAUACCUUCUUGUGGGGCCGCCUAUAUCUCGCUCUUAGUGGUGUUGAAGAACACGCAGUCAAAAAUAGCAGUAAUAACGCAGCAUUAGGUGCUAUCGUCAACCAGCAGUUUGUCAUUCAGAUCGGUAUCUUCACUGCUAUACCGAUGAUUGUCGAGAAUUCUCUGGAGCAUGGUUUUCUUCCAGCAGUCUGGGACUUUUGCAAAAUGCAGCUCCAGCUAGCGUCAUUGUUUUACACCUUCUCAAUGGGAACAAAAUGCCACUAUUUCGGUCGAACAAUUCUUCAUGGAGGUGCUAAAUACCGAGCUACUGGUCGUGGGUUUGUCGUGGAGCACAAGAAGUUUGCGGAGAACUACAGGCUUUAUUCUCGUAGCCAUUUCGUGAAGGCUAUUGAGCUUGGAGUCAUCUUGAUUGUUUACGCUUCCCAUAGCCCUUUGGCAAAGAAUACAUUUGUGUACAUAGCUAUGUCAAUCUCUAGUUGGUUCCUUGUAGUUUCGUGGAUCAUGACUCCAUUCGUUUUCAACCCUUCCGGCUUUGAUUGGUUGAAGACCGUGUAUGACUUCGAGGAUUUUAUAAUCUGGAUAUGGUACGGAAGUGGAGUGUCCACUAAGGCAGAACGAAGCUGGGAAACGUGGUGGUAUGAAGAGCAUGAACAUCUCCAAACAACCGGUUUGUGGGGAAAAUUAUUGGAGAUCAUACUAGAUCUGCGCUUCUUCUUUUUCCAGUACGGUAUUGUGUAUCAGCUGAACAUUACAGCCGAUAAAACCAGUAUCGGUGUGUAUUUGAUCUCGUGGGUUUUUUUUCUUGUCCUUGUUGGGAUAUGUAUGAUCAUCGCAUAUGCUCGAGACAAGUAUGGUGCUACGAAACACAUCUACUUCAGGAUGAUUCAGUUUUCCGUCAUAUCCAUUACUGUGCUAGUGAUCAUCAUUUUACUGAGAUUCACGAAAUUUGAAGUUCUCGAUCUUCUGACUAGUGGAUUGGCUUUCAUCCCUACUGGUUGGGGUAUGAUUUCGAUUGCCCAGGUGCUCCGUCCCUUUUUACAAACAUCGGUGGCUUGGGACACGGUGGUUUCCAUGGCUCGACUCUAUGAUUUGACAUUCGGUAUGAUAGUUAUGGCUCCGGUUGCUUUCUUGUCAUGGAUGCCUGGAUUCCAGUCAAUGCAAACUAGGAUCCUUUUCAAUGAAGGUUUCAGCAGGGGUCUCCAAAUAUCUCAACUUCUUACUGCCAAAUGAUGUAUCAUAUUUCAAAUAUGAAUUGAGGAAAUACUCGUGAUCUUUCUCGAGCUGAGGGACUCAUUGGCCGCGCUCUCCUUUAUGGGUAUGAGUUGCCGUCUUCCUUCCCUCUCCAGACAUUGCUCAUAGUUUUUAUGGGCGGGACACACUAGGUAAGAUGAUGAUGAUGGGAAGUAUACUUGGACACUUCAAUUCCUUUCAAAAUCUUGGGAUUUUUUCAUAAAAUAGCCAGGUCGAUACAUUGACAUGUAUCCGUGUCGUGUAAGCUAGUUAAAUUGUCUGAAGAUGACGCUUUACUCACUGGUAAGUGACCAAUGACUAUAUCUUAACCUAUAAAUUUUUUAUCCAACCCAAAACACGACUGAAAACCAACGAGUCAAUCCAAAAACAAAAGUUCCAAAAAUGGACUUUGAUCAUCUGUCAAUAUCAUGUUAUCCACAUUUGAAAUAUUGUUUUUAUCAUCCUUUAUUUACUCAUCUAACUGCAUUUUCUCUUGGUGUUUAAAGUUUCCUUUCAGAUUUCGAGCCAUCAGUAUUCAGUAGUAUGAAUACGAAACGCUGAUAGAUAUGCAAUUCAUCAUUAACCUUCACGUGAGAUGCGACAAUAAUGCCGAAGCCUUGAUUCAACAUGUGAAGUGAAGUAAAUAAAAUUAUUUUGGUCGAUCGAAGAUCUGAUAUUUCUUUUGUGCAGUAAUAUGCUGUAUUUUAGUAUUGAAUUUAUUUGAUAUCUAUUCUUAUUGUUAGGUAUCAGUAUUCUAUUAUUGUAACUAUCGUAUUCGAUUACUCAUUCGAAGGAUGAACAUUGCCUUCGUCACAUUCUUUUAUCAUGUAAUUUGUGGCCAA